AUGAGAGUCGUAAGACGACCACCAAGUUAUGUGCAAAGGUUAUACAGCAAAUUGGCGCCUAAAGAGGUGAGUCUAGUGGAAAUUGGACACAAAUGGAAGGCUAAGGUGUUGAAAGGCGUCCCACCACCAAAGGUAACGCACGAAGAGAAAAAAAUGUACUUACUAACCAUGUUUCCGUACCCCUCGGGCUCCCUGCAUAUUGGCCACUUGCGCGUAUACACGAUAACAGAUGCUUUGAAUCGAUUUUAUCGUUUAAAUGGCUACCAAGUUCUUCAUCCCAUGGGAUGGGACGCCUUUGGACUACCGGCUGAAAAUGCCGCCAUAGAGCGGAGGAUAGAUCCAGCUGUGUGGACUAAGCAAAACAUUGCUAAGAUGAAACAACAGCUUAGCACGAUGCUCGCAAACUUUGAUUGGGAUCGCGAAGUGACAACUUGUAGCCCCGAGUAUUACAAGUUUACACAAGAGAUUUUUCUCGAGCUUUUUAAGCAUGGCUUGGCAUACCAAAAAGACGCUGAAAUCAAUUGGGAUCCAGUAGAUAAGACCGUACUUGCUAAUGAACAAGUAGACGCGCAAGGAAGGUCGUGGAGGUCCGGAGCGAUAGUAGAGAAGCGUAAGCUGAAUCAGUGGUUUUUGGGUAUCACUAAAUUUGCACACAGUCUCCAGAAAGACUUGGGAACAUUAAAAGAAUGGCCUCAAAAUGUCAAAACUAUGCAAAAGAACUGGGUUGGAGAGUCUCACGGUACGGAAGUGCAUUUUUCAUUAUCUCAAAGAGCUUUACAACCCGUUAAAGUGUUUACCACGCGAGUCGAAACUCUAUUUAGCGUCCAGUACCUUGCGCUUGCUAUCGAUCACCCGCUAGUUCAAGAAGCUUCUCUAACUGAUUUAGAGCUCCAAAGCUUCCUGGAUUUGGCAAAAUCAUUGCCGAACGAUUCAAAAGAGGGGUUUCUCUUGAAAGGUAUUCGAGCUCAUAACCCUCUUUCUCAUUCAACUCAGUUCGAGAUACCAAUAUUUGUAGCGCCUUAUGUGCUCAGCGGCUACGGGCACGGUGCCGUCAUGGGUUGUCCUGCGCAUGAUGAGCGUGAUUUUGCAUUCUGGGAACAGAGUAUGCCAGGGAUCUCUCCCCUUCCAAGUAUCACUCACAAUGGCUGCAAUACUGAGAGGUUCUCGCAAUUGCCAUACACUAAGAAGUCUGGUAUUUUAGGUCCUUCUGCAGCAGAAUUUGCUGGAAUGGAUGUUAACCAAGCUGCUCAAAAGAUAGCAGAAGAACUAGAAAGAGUGGGGAAAGGGAAGUCAACAACUAAUUAUAGACUAAGAGACUGGCUUAUUAGCAGACAGAGGUACUGGGGCGCGCCAAUUCCAAUUAUACAUUGCGAAUCCUGUGGCCCUGUUGCAGUGCCCAAAGAAGAUCUACCCGUUAUGCUACCAAAAGUGCAUAGUUUGGCAACGAAGGGUAAUCCGUUGAAGAAUAUGGCUGAAUUUGUCGACGCUAAGUGUCCGUCAUGCGGCUCACCUGCUAAGCGAGAGACUGAUACUAUGGACACAUUCAUGGAUAGUUCAUGGUACUUUUUCCGGUAUACAGACCCUAAGAAUAUCAAAGAUCCAUUUAGCCACAAGGCCGCUUCAGAAAACUUGCCGGUUGAUCUUUAUAUUGGCGGGAUUGAGCAUGCGAUUUUGCACUUGCUUUACUCGAGAUUUAUAUCAAAAUUCCUUGCCUCGAUAGGGAAAUGGGAGGAUAAGCAAGGAACUGGGGAGCCAUUUAAAAAGUUAGUGACUCAAGGUAUGGUGCACGGAAAAACGCUAGUAGAUCCUACAACGGGGCGUUUUCUCAAACCGGACGAAGUAGAAACGACAAGUUGUUCCGACGUCAUUAUAAAGGAAACGGGACAAAAGCCUACAAUUACAUAUGAAAAGAUGUCGAAGUCCAAAUAUAAUGGAGCAGAUCCCGAUAAGUGCAUAGAGAGCCAUGGCCCUGAUGCAACGAGAGCCCACAUUUUAUUUCAAGCUCCAAUUAGUGACGUCUUGAGCUGGGAUGAAACUAAGAUUGUUGGAGUCGAGCGCUGGCUCAUAAGAACUGUGAACCUUUCUGAAGCUAUAUGUUCCAACUGUUUUGAAUUUGACUCAGAAUACGUUGUCCCAGCCACUUUGAGUGGAGAGGAGGUAGUGUUUCAUAAUAAGGUUCAAAAACUACUUGAAAGCAUAACUUUAUCGUUUUCAGACUCUCUUUCAUUAAACACAGUUAUUUCGGAUUACAUGAAACUCACCAAUUUGAUAGAAGCUGCGCACAAUUCCCAAAAUAUAAGCCUAAAUUUGAUCAUGAACGCUCUAAAAAUUCUGAUCACUUCAAUGUAUCCUGUUGCGCCGACAGUUGCUGAGGAGGCUUGCGAUAUUCUUAGCAAAAAACUAAGCUGGAGUUGGAAUCUUUACGAGUGGCCCUCAAUGCAAGCGAUUCGACAAAAUGCCCAAGUGAGAUACAAUGUAGUAGUCAACGGUAAGAUGCGCUUCACUCACUGUGCUGAUAAGUCGUUCAUAGAUGAUCGCGAAUGUGUCAUAAAGACGCUGACUGAUUCACCUGCUGGAAAAAAGUAUAUAGGUGAUAAGGUCAUCAGAAAUUUGAUUCUGAAAAAUAAGGUCAUAAGCUUCGUUGUAGAGUGA